AUGCGUAUCCCUGCAAACCUUUGUACCAUCUCGGGUGGUAAACGUUGCAAUCCCUGUGAAGCACUCGUGUUGCUCGAGAAGAAGAUAAAGGAUACCUUGAAUGAUCUCCAGCAGCUCCAAACGACCGCCCUCGAGCUCAAGUCACAGUGGAAUCGCCAGCACGACCUCCUCAUCAACCGCCUCCCUACCGAACUGCUCGGACGGAUUUUCACGCAAUUGCUUCCAUUCCGACUUAUUCACCGACCAUCGACAUUCUUUCUGCCCCUAAUAUGUGGUCGACAGAAGCACGAACCCCUGCGUUGGGCGCCGUGUACAAAGAAACCGAGCACCUCCUGGACCCUAUCGGCCGUCUGUCCUGCGUGGCGCGAUGUUGUUCAUUCUACACCCCAAAUGUGGACGUCUAUCAUUGUCAAUUUGCAGCAACAGGAGAAGGGAUAUCCUGAGUUCGUUGACGAGCAGCUUCUACGGUCUGGCGCAUUGCCAGUCUGGCUCACACUUUAUCAGCCUAUGGAUAAAUAUGGUUUAUCCCCACUCCCGCACAACAUUCUACGCCUCCUCGACAUUCAUCUCUGCAGAAAGCCUGGGUCUACUGCGUCGCUGCUACAGCACAUCCAAGUACAACAAGACUACUCCGACUUCGUCGCUGGCAGGCUCAACAGCGCCACCGUGACAGAUGCGACAUUUAGCCCCGCCACUGUAUGCUUCAAAAACAUUUCGUUCGGAGCCAUAGGGAUAUCAUGGCACCGAGUUACGCAUGUUGAGGCCUCCUCCAUACUGCUGGAGUGGUGUCUGGCGCUCUUCCGCGGUGCCCAGGCGAUGACUCACCUAACUUUCAAGAGCUUACGGCUCGAUGAUGAGCGGCCAUCCGUGUCUUCUAAUCCCAUAGUGCACACCGCGCUUCGAGCGCUCAAGAUCGGCCAAGGCAGAUGCCUCGACCGUCUUCUCGACGCUCUCCUAUUACCAUCUCUGGAAGAAAUCCAUAUCGGCAUGCACGACAUGGACCCAGAUCCUCUUACCGAUCUCAUUAUCCGCUCAGGCUGUCAUCUGGAACGCCUGACGGUGUUCAGCAACUCCGACCCGUCCGCAAACAACGAGAACAAGUUGAUACGCCUGCUGGAACACACACCCUCGCUGCUCGCGUUGGCCCUUGUGAUUCCGUUCAUUACCGACGUGCUGUUUCGCCAUCUAGGGCCGCCCACGCUCGAGGCUACUCCCACUUCCGCAGAUACCAAUGAGCAGGGCCCAGUAUUCUUACCUCUCCUCCACACACUCGUAAUCCGCGUCUUCAUCAACUUCGAAUGGCACUCCGUCGCCAAUAUGUUCGGCCCUUGUGCUGGAUCGCUUGGCUCUGCCCGUCAAGCAUUGAAGGUCUUUGAACUCCAGAUCUAUGGCGAUGACAGGGAUUCAGCGCCAGAUGGCCCUCUCAUUAUCGAUGGGGAUGCCACCAGCCGGCUGCUGGCUGUACGGGAAAACGGGGUAGAUGUGAGAAUUUUUGAUGAGGACAAUCGCGACAUGUUACGUCGCUCCAGGGUCUACCUCUACCUCGAUCGAGGAAAUCAAUCGCGGACUGCAAUGGCUCCGGGAGUGGAGGAAAGGAAGGGGCUACCGAGAAUCGCCGUCAAUGGGGUACAGUCGACUUAG